AUGCAGGACGACAGAGAAGUCGACAAGGAGAGUGAACAGGGGAACAAGAAUGAAAAGGAAAGAGAAAAAUUUAGCGAUAUCGAUUUGAAGGUGGAGGCGUAUGCAGAAGGGGACUACAGAUUACUCAGAUAUCUACCAGAUGGAUCUUGCGUUUUCGAACAAAUACCAGAUGAAGAAAAUAAAAAUAUGAAAAAUCUACAACAGUAUGCACAAAUGUUCUGUUCUGCAAUGGAAAAAACGAUCCAGAUUAAAAGUAAUAACGAAAAUUUGAAAAAUGAUAAAGAGUGGACACAAGGAGAGGAGUACAGAGUGAUGGUCGAGGAGGAUUUAAAAGAAUUGAUGGUUUUGUUUGAUCUAAUGUUAGGUACACUGAAUUAUGAUAAGGGUACAAAGUAUUUAACCUUAAAUAAGUGUAACUAUGUGAGGGAUAUAAAGGCUAACAAGCAGGACAUAUGCAUCGCCGUUACAACCAGGAAAGAACUGCUACAGGGGUUGCGAAAAUUGUGUGAAGAAACAAGAAAGCAGAUUAACUCCAUAAACGGCAUUGUUGCACAGAAAUAUUUUUUACAUUUCAUCAACCAACUCAUUCAAUACUGGAAAGUAUUAAAUAAAAAAUAUUCCGAAAUAGAUUAUUUACAACUUGAUAAUAAUUUCCCCUAUGUUACGGAGGUUUCUGUUGAGUAUUUUUUUUUGCCUUCUUGUUUUUGGAACUUUUCUUCCAACCCUAUAUUUCUUUCCUGGCCACCCUACCCCUCCUUUUCUCCUUUCAAAUCACAGUAUGCACAUAUCACUUUUUCGUUAGGUGGGUUGGAAAAGGACAUAAAGGAGGGAAUACAUAACCAGACUAUACGUUGCGCUAUUGAUGACUUUCUAUUUAAAUAUAAACCCACCAAAAGACAGGGAAGAACACACCAAAUGGUUCCUCCUCUUAGUAAAAAAUACAAAAUUAAUGACCCAACAGAGGGUCUACAAUAUAGAAACAGUAGCUACAUACCUAAUGGAGGUAUACUGUAUGCGGAUCACACACUCAUUCAUGAUGCAAAUAAAACAAAUGAACAGAGUCCCACUUCUUACUAUCCAAAUGUGAAGGAGGAAGAAAUAAUAAUAUUUAACAUGCUCGACAAGAUGAGCGUCAUUUCAGUCGAGUUCGAAGGAAUAGCUGCGCACUUGAUCGAAAAUAAAUACGCCAUCCAAUUUGACUUGUAUCCAUUAAACAUACAGCUGAAGAAUAAAUUAAACACACACACAAAGGAAAAUCCCGCAUGGGGAGGAAACACUUUUCCAGAAAGAAUAAUUCCAGAAAAUAUAUUUUUUGAACAAGCCAAAAAGAUACACGAGAAAUUGACAACUGCCCAGUGGGUACUUAUAGAUAAAUCUAUUUUCUAUAUCCUCGCCGAACAAGCAAAUAAUUUGAAAGACAGAAAUAAUAACCUAACCCUCAACCUUUCCAGCAUGACGGGGAACAGGAACAAAAUUAAAAUUCACUGCACAGAAAUAAACCACAAGUGUCUAGAGUUCCUCAUAAGCGACGUUCUGAUUCCCUCUAUUGGGAAUAAAUCCAUUCCUGUAGAUUUUUGCUUCGCCGUGAUGUAUGAGCCAACUGAGGGGGUUCACAGCAAAGUGUCGGACAGAAGUGCUAACGGGGAUGUCAACAGGGGUGCAAACGGGGACGCUGGUGACGGUGCUCAUGGGUAUCAUUUCCCUCGCUGCGCCCAAGUUAAUGGUGGCGGACAGAACGGCGAAAUCGCGUUGGACUACGAACUCGUGCAGUUAUUUCUCCACUUAUCCCUCGCGAAGAUAAGGGAUUUGUUUAUUUGCUCAUGGAAGUACUUCUCCUUCGAAAUGCCUUACUACUCUGCAGACAUGCAUCCACUCAUUUACCAAAAUGUUUUCCCCGACCCGCGCUCCGAGAGCUUAAUCAGCAGUUUCUUCUCAUGGUUUAUUGCGUCCAUGGAGAAGUAUUUGCGCACGAGUGAGAGCACGCCGGUUGGGUCAAGCAGCUGGUAUUUUGGCAGCGGCUGA